AUGCAAUAGAUUUCUCCAGAGGUUGAGCACUACCUACAAGAAGCAGUAAAGCCACUCCUUGAGAAAAUUGAGGAAUUAAAAUAAAAGGAUUAGUAGAAUGAAGAUCAGAUCAAAUUUUUGAUUGGAGAAAUCGGUCAACUCAAGACAUUAGUCUCUACUCUGAAGCCAGUUGAGGAUAAAAAAUAAGGAAAGUAAUAAUAGAAACAAGAAAGUAAUGGUAACAAUAAUGAUCAUAAAAAGCCAGAUCGCCCUCAAACAGCAAUUUAACAAAAACCUGAGCAAAAUAAAUAAAAGGAACAAAAGCCAUAAACUGGAAACAAGAAUUUAAGCCAAAGCGUAGUAGUAGAUAAGUCAACUAAGAAUGAAGCGGAAAACACUACUUCUAAAUCUCCAAGAUAAUCUGUCGAAAAACAAACUAAAACUACAUAAUAACAAUAGUAGUAACCUCAAUAGCCUAAACCUAAACCUGCUAAGUAACCAGAAUAAAAGGACUAAAAGGAAACAAAGACUUCCAAUUAAGAUUAACCGUAAAAAUAAGCAAAUAAUCAGAAGGAAGAUAAGAAGGAUGAUAAAAAUAAACCAAAUAAAUAACCUUAAGCUCCAUAAACAGAUAAAACUAAAGAGCCACCUAAAAAGAAUGAAAAACAACCAGAAUAGAAAUCAAAUGGAGCAUAAAAAACUACAAAUCCUAAAUAGCCAGAAAAAAAAGUGGAAGCCAAAUAAGAUGAUAAAAAAAUAGUUAAAAAAGGUUCAAAGGUUGUAUCUUAAGGUGGAAAUUAACAUUAAACUGAUGAAUAAUUCUAAUAACAACAAUAGAAAGCAUCAGUACCUUAAGAAUAGCAUUCAGCUGAGAAAUCCUCUAAAGAAACCCAUUCUGAAUAGAAUGAACAAUAAUAAGAAAAUCAUUAAGAAUUAGUUAAUGAAUAAUAGGAAGUUGUUUAACAUUAAGAAGAAUAGAACUAAUUUUAGAAUAAUAACCAUUAAGAACAUAAAGAGGAUGAAGAUUUGUUAGCCGAUGAUCAUUAGAAUGAAAUUUAAAAAAGCGAACCAAUCUAGGAGAAUCAAUAGCAGGAUAUGUUUUGA